AUGCGACCGUGGCUGGCGUUUAUAUGGGCAAAGGUUUUUUGUUCGUUGGAUGAAAAUGAAUUAUUGUAUUAGUUAUUGUAUUAUGAAAAACUGUUUGCAGAUAUUAGCGGUGGACCCGACGUGUCAGGCUGAACUCUUCAAGGAAAACGGCGACGAGAGCACGAUUGGUCAGCCGGUUUUGCCGAAGAACCAACACGUGACUCUGCAGCAGAGCUAUCACGGCUCCUCGCAACACUCGAGUAUGUAGGAAAUAUCAAACAUUACGCCGAAAAUCAAAAAAAAUCUGCCGGGUGACUGAAACUUGAAUCUUGCGCUUCGUUGGUCAAUUUGGCAGUUAGAGUUCAAAGGGUUUUCCUUUACUGAUGAAAAAUUUUUUCUUUCACUGUUAAUUUAUCUCGUCGCACUGAUUUACGGGCGAAGAGGGGUUCAAAACGGAUAUUUCUAGCAAAAGGGUGCAACGAAUCCUGCACAGUAGACAGUGUAACCAUUUUGAAGUCAGUUUCCCAGUUGACUGUUGAUAGAAAUGACAGAAUUGAGAUUUCGUUGGACAUUUAAUUUCCCUUUUCUCUGAUACGCAUGAGCCUAUGUUUGGACCAUAGAAAAUUGGAGAACCUUUAAAAGGGAAAAGGAGACUUUCUUUCUCUCAACGCGUUCGUGUUUUUCAGUGCCUCGAAGAUUCGAGCGAAGACUCAUAUGCCUUGCUUAAUAAUAUUUUUUCCCUUAAGGUCAACCGGAUCAGCAUUCCGGAGGUCAUCACCAUCACCGGCAGAGACAACCUGCCGAAAGCCAACAGCCGCCCGGCCAUCCUUCGACACCUCAGCCAGGCGACAAAAAUAAGCCAAAGACUCCGUUGAGGUGGUUGGAUUUGACUUUUCCAACACAGUUUUUUCACAUCGCUGAAGGUUUUGAACUUUAAGUUUCAGUUAAAGAGAACGAAUAAUUUCUUAAAAUGUUUUCUUGAACUCCGCUGUUGGCGCUCUCAUAAGUUUAUGAGUUAUCUUGAAGAAUCAACUUACUCCUAGAAUAAUCGAGUUUUGUCUUUACCAUCUUUCAAUAAGUUAUAAACAAAGGUUUGAAAUUUUUAUUUCCCAAAAUUUUUUAUCAUUUCAAUCACCUGUUCUUCAUUUAUCAACAACUUCUGAUCUUUUAAAUUCUUCUUUUGAAGAUAUCUGUAUUUUGUGGCGAUUCUAAACGACCCGGAAACGUCUCCUCGUCAGAAAAUCGUCCCAGCCUUCGUUCUCGCUACUCUCUUUCACAACAACUACAAGUUGACCGGCGGGAAUUUUAUAGGGGAAUUUCGAUGUUUUUCAGAGUCGCCCAGGAGAACUUGACGGAGAAGGGAUUCGUCAACCUCUGCACAGAACUUCUCUGUGACAACGAUGCUAGAGAGUGUCGUCUUUUGAAGCUUUGGAUUUUGAUUGGAUUGGGUCGUUUGUGGUCGGAUUAUAACGACGCUCGGUGGCAGGCAGUUCGAUUGGUCGCCUAUGAUAAAGGUAUAUGAUUUUUUAGCUAUUCAAAGUAAUCGAAUAAUUUUUCAUUAAAAGUGAAAAAGCUGUAAACGAGAAUAUGUCAGAAAGAAAGACACACGGCUAAAUUCAAGAAAAAAAACUUCAUUCAUAGUGCAAGUGAUCUUUCAUUCUUAAAUUUUUUUUUAUAAUCUUUUUCUAUCUUAUCCGUUCAUAUCAGUUUUCUUUAGGUCAUACUUGAACUGGAUGACGAAUCGCCGGAAGUUCGUGCCGCGGCGGCUUUUGCCAUCGGAAGUCUGCUCAAAAACUCUUCGUUCACCAACGAACACGCCACUGUUAUAGGUUGGUUCAAAAAGUGUUUUUUUGUAAAGUUUUAAUUGCAGACCAGCAACUGGCCGAUCAACUUUGCAAGAAAUGUACUUUUGACGGCGCUGUUUUGGUUCGCGAAGAACUUAUAGUUGCCCUUCAGGUUUUUUUGUGUUUGUAUUAAAAAUAAAAUUCAAAACUUCAGUGGUUUGUGUUCGAUUUCGAGCAACGAUUUGUCAAAGUUCUGUUGGAAUUAUCGCGGAAACUCCAUUUCGAAGUCCCCAAAAAGACUGAGGACAUUGAAAAUGAAGCGAUUGAUAUCGCUUCCCACAUGCCUUCCACAAGGUCCCAUGCCGACAGAUUGUGCGUUUCCUGCCUUUUCUUCCAAAAAAAAUAUUAUUCUUUCAGAGACUCCACUGACGCUGGAUCAUCCUCAAUGUACAAGAAGAAGCUGCAUAGCAGCGUUUUUGUAUCAGCAAUGGAAGAGGUGAAAAAAUGAGCUGUUCAGUUCGAACAUGGUGAUCUUCAGACGGUUUCUCAAGGCGCAAGAAGAAAGAAGGAAAUUCCAGCAAUCGGCGUCUCUUUUGCGGCCGAUUAUGAGUUUGAGGACGAGGAUUAUAGGUUUUCAGCUUAUAAUGAAUUUUCUCAGCUCAUGUUGAGACUUCUUAAUGAGACUAGGAUCACUAGAAAAGUUUUUUUUUUCAAAUUUGUACUCGAAAAUUUUCCUUGAGGCCUUUAAAAAGGAGAUUUUUAAAGUCUAAAAAUUCAAUUUGUCUUUUCUGGAAGCUACAUAAGUCUGGCAGAAAAAAAUCAAAAAUUUCUUUUACACGGCUUGAGGGCCAACUUUUCGAGUUCAGACUUGGAAUUGGUUGCAUCUAGCGAAUGUAUUUUUUUCAGAAAUUUUCAAGAAACGGAUGAAUGGGAUAUUUUUACAGAAGGAGAGCGUUGCUUCAAAUCAAGCACUUGGAGGGAAGUUAUGGAGAACCGGUGGCCAGAGCCUGGCUCGCCUUGCUCCGACUAUCCCUCGAUCCGAUGCAACAUGUCCGUUUGAGAAUCUAGGAAGUCCCCUGAAUACACAAAGUUUAGGUCGCAAGGAUGGCGCAACGAAUCGUGAAACGAGUGGAGAUGCAGUCGCACAAAAUGAAAGAGACUAUCAGCGAAAAGCUGGCGACUCUCAGUCAGAACCAGGUCUCGAAACGAAAAGUCUUUGGAAUUUUUCACCUACUCUACAGAUGGCUCGUCAAUUGUCGCACAUUGAGAUGAGGUCUCCCCAGCCAGAUGGGCCGCCUUCCACCGCCGACUUUUUCCGGCAAACUUCCGCUCUUUCUAAAACCAGCGAUAAUGGUAAGGGUUGGGGAUUUUCCAGGGAUCAGAUAAUACUUUCAUGAAAAUAUCGUGCCUUCAGAAAAAUUCAGUUUUAAAGCUCACAGAUUCAUUUUCAACUUCUCAAAAGCUGCAAAUUCAAGAUCUCUCCUAGAAAUUUCUUUUUCCAGGACAGUUUUUUGUCAUCUUUUUCAGUUUCCGAUUUAUUGACUUCAAAAUUUGGCUGAAGAAGUAUCUCAAAGCGCGCUCUGUCGUUAAAAAAAAGUUUUACUGUGCCCUCAAAGACGUCAAGUCAAACUUCAAUAAAAAAAUUGUUUGGGUUUUUCAAAAAUGAAGUUUCGACAUUUUUGGACUCUCAAAUCUUUUUUUUUCUCAGGAAAAUUACGCUUUUAAAGAAUUUUUUCGAUCAGACCUCAACGUAACCGAGACUGAACUCUUUUCCCCACCACCUAAAAAGUUUUCUAUAAAUCCUUUUCUUGUGAGAUUUCUAUUUGAAAGCAUCAGGACACGUGAGAUUCGUGGUGGGAAGUCCAGCAACGGCGGCCGUUCGGAUAUCUCCCGCAGAUCGGGCGGCGGUGUUCGGCGAACUCUUCUCCAAUGACUCCUCCCCCGUCGCCUCAGAAGCCGGCGAUCAACGUCUUCGAGUCGACAGCGCCGGUAUCGACUUCCAUAACUCCCCAAUCUUCAUCAUAUUCUUUCAAAGGUGAAAACUUUUUGGCCACUUCUGGCGACAAAAGAAGCUCUCUGUCCUCCUCAAGCCAUCCUCCCAUGAAAUUCGCAGUUGGCUCGCCCAAAGACUACGAAGAUGAGAUGAAAAGUGGUAAUUGUAUGAUUCGAAGUCUCAUUGUCCCGGUUUGCAGCCUCUGUGGCCUCGGAAGAGUUCUUGGAGGAUAUUCUGAGCAACACGGCACGGACCUUUACGCCGAAACGCGUCACGACGGGAAGAGGAGAGUUCACGAAAGAGGGCGAGUCUGUGGCUCUCCGCAAGGUGAUCAACGACCCCCUCGUCUCCACGCAGUUCAUACCUUGGUGCAGUCGAGUCUUCGUCGAGCCCAUCAUGCAAGUUCUGCAGGUUCGGCGUAUUUCUUUCGCAAGAAAGCAAAUGAUUAGACAGGGGCGCCCUGGUCAAGGCGACCGCAAUCUAAAAGAAACUAGAGACUUGUAGAUAGGAACUUGACUUUUAAGAAAACUUUCUCCUUUGAAAAGUCAGAGUUUUUUUUUUGCCAAUUUCGAGAAUUUCUGAAUUGAAACGUUGUCAGGUGAUUAGUUCGAAAUAUCUGAACUUUAUCAGAUUUUAUCGAAUCCUCUACAUAAACACUUUUUCACAACGAAUCAUGAAAAAACUUGAAUCGACAGGAAUGAAAUAGAACUUUUUCCUAGAGAGAGUUCCUCAAAUUAAACGAGCACGGGUGUGGCUUUCCAUCAAAUAAAUUCAGAGCGAUGCAACCGACGACAGAACCUCGGACGAGGUCCUGACACGAACUUCGCCUUCCGACUGGGCGAUGCACCAGCUCGAGGGACAUCGGCAAACGGCCGAAACUGAUCUAAAGGCUCUUCGAAACCCAACGAAGGUCGGCCCAUCGGAAAAACCGACCAGAAUUUUCGAGCGGCUUCUAUCCAAUGAUGUGCGUAACCCUAUUGUCUUGUACGCCGUUCGUACCGACUUGAAACAGUCUAGCUUGUCUGGGUCUCUUCUCCAUCAUCUCCGAGGUAAUAGAAACGUGAAAUAGCAGGCAAAAAUAAGAGUGUCCCCGAUAAAUUAUACUGUUUCAAGUCGUGGUGAAUAGGCGAUAGUUUGUGUUUGUUCAAACUGCUUCUUCUUCCCUCUCACGCUUCAAAAGAAUUCUGAAGACAACUUUCUGUUUCUAGGGCCAGUCUUCGUCGAAUCCUUCUCAAGUUAUGACCCCUGUAUACUUGAAAACGAAACAAUUCAAAAAUCCUGUGACGGCGGUGGCGACGUCGAAAAUCCGGAAGUGUGUCUACGCGACGGACGGCGAGAAGAUCAGCAUAAUUGUACACGAAAAAGAUGUCAGCCACUGCCGGACCUUCGACUGCAACGGCGGCAAUCCUUUCACCAAUGUUAGACUUUUGUGUUUUUUGCUGGUUUGGGGACGAAAUAGUUGUGGUGAAAUUAGAACAAGAAAGAAUAUAUCUUGGAAGAUUUUUUUUUUCAAUUGGUUAUUCUAGCUGUCAUGUCGUGUAAAUCAAUAAGGACAUAAAAUAAGUAAGAGCAAAUUUAAAACCGGAAGAAAACCAUAUUUAGGUUAGUUUUGAUCGUGAGCUUUCAGUUGACUAGCUUAAAAAAACUUUGGAGGUCUAAACUUCUUCUUUUCACAUAACUUUGAGAUGGCUUGGUCUUCUAUUUUUUUUUUUGGGCUUGAACUUCUCUUAUCAGUGGUUCUCAUUUUCAAUCAACAAAAAAAAACAAGCAGUCUUGAUUCCUGUAUCAAGAACAUAAGCACAGAGACAGGGAGCAAAAUAAAAGGCGAAUAUUGUUUUUACAAACCUUUCUCCUUUUUUAGGCAGCAAAAGCCAAUCACCUUGUGAGACAAAAAAUCAUGAACUUUUCACGUUUUUAAACCUCUUUCCGAGUUUCAGGACCACGUCUCGCAGCUGAUCACUAUAAACGAAGAGGCCCGUGAAAUGAUUCUCUGCUGCUCUCCCAUCGGCAUCAUUCGAGUUGGAUUCCACCUCUCCAAGAAGUUUUAUAAGACAAUUGAUUAGAUAUGGGAUCCUUGCUACGACUCCUUCUCCGCCGGCUACGAACGAGUCCCAGUUCUUCUGACGUCGGCGUUCCCGUUGAUGGAGUACACGAAGUACUCCAACACGGAGGCCGCCUGUCUUUUCGAGUAUGAAUAGUCCUUUUGACAAUGUUUCCCGAAUGAAAAGCCGCUAUAUGGGUAGAUUGGAAAGAAUAAUCGACGAGCAGAGUUGAAAAUGAAUAAAAUGUAGAAAACGGUUGAAAAACAAACUGGGAAGAAAUUAGGAAAUAUUGGAUCUUUUGAAAUUUGUUUGGCGGGUCCAACCGGAAAGCCCUGAAGUGGACGGGUCUACCCGCAGAGCCCUAACUCGAAGCUACCUUUGACUCAAAUCAAUUGCGAGCCACCUUUUUUCGAAUUUUUUUUCUUAUGUUCUGUUCUUUUUCAAUGUUUUCUACUAUUUUUUUGAUGAACACAUGAACAUAAUCAAUGAAUAAUUGAAAAAGGAAUGAAAAGAGCGAAAAACGGAAUUUUCAAAGAGUCGAUGGCGGUUGAAUUGAACACGUGCGAAGGACCGCGAACGCACACGCUACGCGUCCCUCCCCCUGCCCCGCCUCCCUCGCCUUUCAAGUCGGGAAACAUUGACUAUAACUUCUGAACUUUAGUUGAAUCGAUAGAAAAUAACUGUAUUGGCGUAUCAAAACGUCGAAUUUAGUUGGAACCAGUCCUCCGGUCGCGUUCUCUGCACUGGACCAAAAAGCGUUCGAAUCUGGGAUGCUCACUACGAGAAGACCAUCCAGGACAUCCACUACCCUCAGAGGAGCGCCGGAAUCGGUCCGCCAACGGCGCUGAGCGGCGACCUCGACAGUGACAGUGACCUCGUCGCCGUUGGUAUGUUCGGUUUCGAAAUGAAGAGAACAAAAAGUAUAAGUUUUUUUUACUUGAUAAGAAAACUCUACGCAUGUUUUCGAACUCCCCUCCAAACGAGUUAUCAAAAAAUGUCUCGUUUACAAGAUGUCAAAUUUGAUUUUAGCUAGUUGCUUUGGUUUAAAAAUCCUUUGCAGGCUUCUCGGACGGCAGUGUCGACGUGUACGACCUCCGGAUGCCGAAGCACCGGGCUCUGCGUCUCGCCCUGGAAACGACUCUCUCGUCGGUCAUGCACCUGUCGCUGCGACGUCAGGAGAACUCCAACGGCACGGUUUUCGCCUCGAAUCGAAACGGACUUGUCGUCACCUGGGAACCUCGGAUGUACAAGGAACCCGUCCAGAAACUCCAGAUUCCCUGGCCAAAAGAGUCGCACAAGGCGAUGAGCGUCCAUUCCGACGCCACGCAUUUCGUGACGACCAGCGCCGAUUUGAUCCGCUUCUACGACGUCAAUGGACCUCUCCUUGCACGGCUCCGCGGAAAAAUCGACAGUUUGUUCGGGAGAAUCGAAAGAAUUUCAUUCGAUAUUUUCCAGAAGUCGCAACAGAGAAACAAAAUGGCACCCCAUUUUAUCCCGAAGUUACGGCGAUCACCAUGCAACAAAUUAGGCGAGUUUUGAAAUGAAUGAAAAGUUUUAGAAAAUACUGGGUAGCUCGUCGUUAAAAUGAAUUUUUUUGGACUUUGAAAAAAAUUCGAAAAAAGAAAAAAAAAAAAAAAGAGUUCGUCUUUGUAUUUCAAAGCUUUCUAUUUAGAUUCCAAUAAUUAUAUUUUCAUUAGACAAAAGUUUAUCUCAUUAUAUCAAAACCGUCGAUUUGCAGGUACCAAGUUGUGGCAGGCUUCAGCGACAAGACUAUUGGAAUUUUCGCACCUGGCGUGCCCCCUUAAGGUUUUCUUUUGUUCAGAGGAGAUCAAUAUCAUUACGAUUUUUUUGCAGGCAACGAUUCCAAUGGAUCCGCUCUGCUUGACAGUGAACCUGUACAGUAUUCUUGGCUUUGUCAUCAAAUGA